UUCGAGGAGAUCCAUGAGGUGAUUGCGCGCUACAAGACGCUGGUGAGCAUGCACCACGACCUCAUGCAGUCUGCGCAGGAGGGCCAGGAGAAGAUCGAGCGCGCCAAGGCCCGGCUGGCACGCUACAUGGAGGAAAAGGAUGAUGAGAUCUUGCAGCAAAACAAUGAGCUGGCACGGCUGCAGAUGCGCUUCGACCAUGCCCGCAGCAAUGUCAUCAUCUGGGAAUCUCGCUGGGCACACAUCCAGAACACCGCAGCCAAGAAGACCCUCCUGCUUGGCACUAUUAAGAUGGCCACGCUGAACCUCUUCCAGAUCGUGAGCAAGCAGCUGAAGGAGGUGACCGAGGUGGCCCUGGAGGACACCCAUAAGCAGCUGGACAUG